AUGCGACAAGGGGAAAAAAUCGAGGGUUGCAACCCCCUCUCUUUCCGUAGUCCAGGGGGUGAACUGGAAACCGAGCUGACUAUUGAGAAACGGAGGGUGUCCGAGUUGGAAGCGUACGCUCAUGCGCUGGACUUGUCGCGACAAGUCGCCGCAGCAAUCGAGCGACAUAGUAACACUGCGCUUGAAGUACCGUCCAGAUCUCGUGCUCAUGAGGUGUCCACCGACAAAAAUGGAAUGAAAGUGUCCGAUGACUCUGGUUACACUGAUGGCAAUAGCAGCCUCCAACAAAACAGAGAUAAGGUGCAUUGA